ACUAGUGUUGGGUUCGCACCACUGCAACCAGAGAACUACUCCCCCGCCGGCCAGUAGCAGAGGAUUUGUACCCGGCGCCCAGCUCCAUCCAAGACCAUCCUGAAUAUGGAGGAGCAAGACCACGACGGGCUGCGGCAGCAUGAGGCGGCAGCAGAGUCGUCGGUGCCGUUGCUUGAGAAGAAGGGCGGCGGUGUGUUGUACGUGGAGGGGUGCCCCGGGUGCGCGAUUGACCGGAGGAAGGCGGAGAACCCAGGCAUCCCCUACAGCAGCUUCCUGUACGUAUGGGUCGUCACCCUCUGCACCGCUUUACCAAUAUCUUCGCUGUUCCCCUUCUUGUACUUCAUGAUAAGAGACUUGCAUGUUGCAAAAAGAACAGAAGAUAUUGGGUUCUAUGCUGGGUUUGUAGGUGCUUCUUUUAUGUUCGGAAGAUUUUUGACUUCAACCAUUUGGGGAAUAGCAGCAGACCGUAUUGGGAGGAAGCCAGUUAUUCUGUUUAGCGUUUUCUCCGUGGUAGUAUUUAAUACUUUGUUUGGGCUUAGUGUCACCUAUUGGAUGGCGAUAGCUACAAGGUUUCUCCUAGGUGCUUUAAAUGGCUUACUCGGACCAAUAAGGGCUUAUUCCAUUGAAGUUUGCCGACCUGAACAUGAAGCUCUAGCAUUAUCACUUGUUAGCACAUCAUGGGCAAUAGGUCUCAUCAUUGGGCCUGCUCUUGGAGGCUACCUUGCACUGCCUGCAGAAAAAUAUCCAGAUAUCUUUUUGCCUGACUCAUUCUUUGGAAGGUUCCCGUAUUUCUUACCAUGCUUAUGCACAUCAGCCUUUGCUGCCAUUGUUCUUAUAAGCUGCAUAUGGAUGCCGGAAACAUUACACAAGCAUAAAACCAGUGAAAAUGGCAAUCAAAGUGUUGAAGCUUUGGAGGACCAUCUGAUUGAUCCGCAAGAAAAGGUCGAACAAAAUUGCAGUGCAGAUACCAAGAAGAACUUAUUCAGGAAUUGGCCAUUGAUGUCUUCCAUAAUUGUUUAUUGUGUCUUCUCCUAUCAUGACAUGGCUUAUACAGAGGUGUUCUCUCUAUGGGCUGAAAGUGACAAGAAGUAUGGUGGACUGGGCUUAUGGUCCGAAGAUGUAGGCCAAACACUCGCAAUAACGGGUGGCAGUGUGCUUGUGUAUCAAAUGUUCAUAUACCCACGCAUCAAUAAAAUUCUUGGACCGAUCAAAUGUUGUCAAAUCGCAGCCGCUCUGUGCAUACCUAUUCUAUUUGCCUAUCCCUACAUGACAUACCUGUCAGGACCUGCAUUGUCAAUCGUUCUGAGUAUUGCAUCAGUCUUAAAGAAUAAUAUUGCUGUUACCAUCAUUACAGGCCUCUUCAUCCUUCAAAACAACGCUGUGUCUCAGGACCAAAGAGGAGCAGCAAAUGGGUUAGCCAUGACUGGAAUGUCCCUUUUCAAGGCAGUUGCUCCUGCAGGCGCCGGCAUUAUGUUCUCGUGGGCGCAGAAACGCCAGCAUACUUUCUUCUUUCCAGGUGAUCAUAUGGUGUUCUUUGUGCUGAACAUGAUAGAGCUCAUUGGACUUGUCCUCACAUUCAAACCCUUCCUCGCCGUGCCAGAGCAGUAUGCCAGAAACUAGCUUUACAAUUAUUGUUCUAGAAUUUUUGAAUUAUAACUCAGAUGUUGAUUACUCAUGGGUUCCGCACCCGCAAGGCUUAAGGCGCCUUGCACCAGGAUAGAGGUGAUAAGUACUACAUGUAUUUUGUAUGUAACAUAUGUGUUCUGACAACAUUUGGUAGAGGUAUACAUAUGUCAUAUAGUCUGGUGAAUGAUGGGCAAUUGAAUUGGUUGAUUGCCUUCGAUUAGGUUGCAAUGUAACAUACUACAGCUAGUAAUAAGUUGGUGUAAGUGGUCA